AAAAAUGGCUCUUGAAAAUACGGUCCAAUUAUCCGAGAAGUACGAAGCAGUUAUGGUUAUCAGUGGAGUGGGGGAUGCACUAGGUUAUAAAAAUGGUUUGUGGGAAUUCUGUUACAGUGGUACUCAAAUUCAUGAAGAACUAGAAAAACUCGGAGGACUUGAUAAAAUUGACAUUAAAGGAUGGAGGGUUAGUGACGACACUGUACUACACAUUGCUACAGCAGAAGCGUUGGAUUCUGAAUGGACAACAAAGGAAGAGUUAUUAAGCAUUAUGGCUACAAAGUACAAGAAGACAUGUGCUGAGGAUAUGUGGGAAAGAGCUCCUGGACAGACCACAACGAAGGCAUGUUUCAUGUCACAACCUCUUGAGAAAAAAGGUUACAUUAUACCAUUUAAUGAACGAGGUGGCGGAUGUGGUGCAGCUAUGAGAUCCAUGUGUAUAGGUUUGAUGUUUCCUUGUGAAGAUCAAAUUGAAAUGUUAAUUGAAAUUGCUGUUGAAAGUGGAAGGAUGACUCAUAAUCACCCCACAGGUUAUCUUGGGGCUGUUACUGCAGCUUUAUUUACAGCCUAUGCUAUACAGAAGAUGGCUCCAAAAAAAUGGGGAGCAGGACUUUUAAGUGUUUUACCCAAAGUUUGGGAAUACAUUCAGAAGGUUGGUAGAUUCCUGGUUUCAAUUGUGCUCUUGUUCUAUGUUUCAUGGUGGAGAUAGUGACAGCACAGGAAUAUUGGCUGCGGCAUGGUGGGGUGGUAUGUAUGGUAUGAAUGGUGUACGCCUUGUAAAUUAUAAGAACCUGGAAUAUGGUCAUAGGCUUAUGGAGCUUGGUAAAAAAUUACUGAAUGUAUCAAAGAAUAUGAACAACUAACAGGAUAGUAUUUAUUUAACAAAAUUCUGUCAUCCCAAUAUACUUUAGUAUGUUUGUAAAUCAUACAAUAAAAAUUACUACUUGGUUA